AUGGGCUCCGUCAAGCGAAAGGGAAAUGCUCCGGAAGAGAAGAGUUCUCGCCCCUCAAAAAAAAGAGUCAAGGUCUCGGAACAUGAGACGAAGAAGACUGCGAAUCGUGGAGGAAAGAAACUAGAAAGCAAAGCAACCGAACAAAACGACGGUAAAAAGAAGUCAAAAGAGCUGUCAAAUUUGACUUCAAAACCUACCAUUGUUUCUAUCCUACGUGAUGAAGCUCCGGCGUUCCCUCGCGGCGGUAACAACGCCUUGACACCGUUAGAGCGAAAACAAAUCCAAAUACAGGCGACUCGAGAUGUACUUUUCGAGCAAAAUGGCGGCACAGCUGGCGAUAUAUCCGAUCUUUACUCGGAGUUCGACAAAGAAACUCGCGAAGCUGACGGCGUUGAUAGAAUACCUUCACGGAAGAAGCAGAAAGGAAAGAAGAGUAAGAAGUCGACUGAAAUUUCUGUAAAACCAGAAGGCCCCAGAAUUGAGAGUCUUAGCUUUAAACGAAUUGAAGCGGGGUCCAAACUUCUGGGUCAAAUAUCCAGCAUAGGUGUUCACGACAUAUCGCUAGCACUGCCAAACAACCUGACAGGAUAUGUAUCCUGGACCGCUAUCUCAGACUUAUUAAAGAACAAGGUGGAGAAGUUGUUGGAAGAUGUGGAAAAUGACGACGAAGAGGAUUCCGACGACGACGAUGACUUUGAUCUCAAAACUUACUUCAAACUUGGCCAAUAUCUUCGAACAUCCGUUAUUUCGACUACAAGCGACAACGAAUCCGGAAAACUUAAAAAGCGUAUUGAACUAUCAAUAAAUCCUCGAGACGCAAAUUCGGGCCUUUCAAGAUCUGAUAUGGUAGUUGACUCUAUGGUACAAGCUUCAGUGAUCAGUGUUGAGGAUUAUGGCCUUAUUAUGGACCUUGGUCUCAAUGACGGGGACGCAAGAGGUUUCAUGUCUUCUAAGGAACUGCCAUCAGGAGUAAAGAUAUCCCAAGUUAGGGAGGGAUCGGUAUUCUUAUGUAUCGUCAUUGGCCACAAUGCUAGCGGUAGCGUUGUAAAGCUCUCAGCCAAUGCUCAGACAAUAGCACCUUCAAAGAAAUUGCGUUAUCUCGAUUCUGCUCCUACCAUCCUCUCUUUUCUCCCAGGCACCGCGGCAGAAAUUCUGCUAACAGAGGUCACUCCAACCGGCAUGGCAGGCAAAAUUAUGGGGAUGCUCGAUGCUGUGGUCGAUUCCGUGCAUUCUGGUUCAACUGACGAGAAAAAAGAUCUUACUCAAAAAUAUCGGCCUGGCAUGAAAGCUCAAGGGAGGAUUAUAUGCACAUACCCGUCAGACGGUACUCCUAAACUAGGAUUUUCAAUACUCAACCAUGUGCUCAAACUUACACCAACUUCCACAGACGAACCUCCAACCGAUAGGCCGAAUAUUUCUGCUAUAAUUUCUGAUGUUCGGGUCACAAGAGUUGAUCCGUCUUUAGGUCUCUAUGUUCAGCUGGGCGCAACCGGAUAUCAGGGCUUUGUUCAUAUUUCUAGAGUUAAAGAUGGCAAGAUUUCCGCCCUAUCGUCAACCGAAGGCACUUACCAGAUUGGGUCAUCCCAUGAGGGCCGUGUCAUCGGUUUUAACGCUCUGGAUAAUUUGUAUCUAUUGUCUUUUGAAAGGAAGGUCAUCGAGCAGCCUUUUCUACGACUUGAGGAUGUUGAUGUUGGUACAGUGGCAAAAGGAACUAUACAGAGACUUCUGAUUGGGCCUGGCGGUAUUGAUGGGCUGAUAAUCACGUUGGCUGAUGGCGUCAGUGGUCUAGUUCCAGCGACGCAUAUGGCAGACACGAAGCUACAACAUCCGGAGAAAAAGUUCCGCGAAGGCCAACAGGUAACUGUCAGAGUCCUGUCCGCCAAUUUGGAAAAGAGACAGUUACGGUUAACACUGAAAAAAUCGCUAUUGAAUAGCGAUGCUGCGAUUUGGAAAGACUAUAAAGAUAUUUCCCCUGGAAAUCAAUCUCCGGGUACCCUCGUGAGUAUCCAGCCGAAUGGUGCCGUCGUUCAAUUCUAUGGCGCUGUUCGAGGUUUUCUGCCAGUAUCGGAAAUGAGUGAAGCAUACAUCAAAGAUCCUUCCCAGCAUUUUACGGUUGGCCAAGUUGUAAAUGUCACUGUGUUAAGCAUCGAUGCAGAGCUGAACAGAUUAGUGGUAUCAUGCAAAGACCCGUCGACAGUGACAGAAACUUAUAAGGCUGCUUUCGCCGACGUGCACCCAGGCAUUCUUGUUUCAGGAACCGUAUUUGAGAAGUCCAGCGACGAUUUACUUCUUAAACUUGAUAACAAUGGCUUGAUAGCCAGGCUUAGUGUCGACCAAUUUUCGGAUUUAUCGACUUCUAAAUCCGCCUCCAAUUUUGCCCGUAUUCGAGUUGGACAGAAACUCCAAGAUUUAUUGGUGCUGAAUAUCCGUAAAGCCCACCGACUCAUUCAAGUUACUAACAAACCAAGCCUGAAGACGGCCCUUGAGCAGGGGAAGCUUCCCGUAAAGUUCGAGGACAUCCAGCUGAACUCCAGCGUAACAGGGCUCGUGAAGAACAUCACAUCAGAUGGCCUAUUCAUUGAGUUUCUAGGAGGCCUUACAGGGUUUCUUCCAAAGCGCUUGGUGACCGAUGAAUUUGUGGACCAGGCUGAUUUUGGUUUUGCGCGUACUCAACCGAUUACUGCUUCUGUUUCUUUUAUCGAGCAAGAUGUCCGAAGAUUUAUCUUAACAUUAAAACCAUUAGACAACAAGAGUGAGAAAUCAGACGUUCGCCAAGAAAAAAUGAAAACAGCAUCGGUAUCUGUCAACAAUCCUGUGGACGAGGAUAUCCAGUCAUCCAGCGAUUUUGAGCUUGGAAGAUGUACCAAGGCGAAAAUUACUUCGGUGAAGGAUACCCAGCUUAAUGUACUCCUUGCAGACAAUAUCCACGGUCGAAUAGAUGUGUCCGAGGUAUUUGACAAAUGGGAAGAUAUAAAAGACCGAAAGCGGCCUUUACGCCUUUUUAAACCUAAACAGAUUGUGCCUGUCAAAAUUUUGGGUAUUCAUGAUGCGCGAACUCAUAAGUUUCUCCCAAUCAGCCAUCGGUCAGGAAAAAUGCCAGUGUUCGAGCUUUCGGCCAAACCAAGCACUUUGAAUUGCCCAACUUUUGAACCUCUAACCUUGGAAAAACUGUGUGUUGGAGAUUUAUUGUUGGGAUAUGUCAAUAAUAUAGCCGACGGCUGUUUGUGGCUGAACGUUUCCCCAAAUGUACGGGGAAAGCUUAGAAUUACGGAUAUCCCCCACGACUUGGCUCUUGCAGGUGACAUCAAAACUUCGUUCCCAAUAGGAUCUGCUCUAAAGGUCAUCGUUACCGCAGUUGAUGUGGACAAGAAUCGCCUGGACCUCACAGUUAGCGACGGAAAGUCAUCGAAGGUGCUGGCAAUAUCUGAUCUUUCGAAAGGCAUGAUUCUUCUUGGCAGAGUAACAAAGGUGACCGAGCGCCAAGUCAUCGUUGAGCUCAAUAACUCGCUUGUGGGCGUGAUUGGCUUAAUGGACAUGGCCGAUGACUAUUCAAAAGUAAAUACUGGGAAUUUCUACAAGAAUGAGGUUAUCCGAGUCUGCGUUGUGGCUAUUGAUGCGCCAAAUAAAAAAAUAACUCUUUCCGUCCGCCCAUCUAAAAUCCUUAGUUCAUCUCUUCCGGUAGAAGACCCAGAAAUUACGUCCAUUCAGCAAGUUAAUGUCAACACUAUUGUUCGUGGUUUCAUCAGAAGAGUCGCUGAUAUUGGUUUAUUCGUGGCCCUUGGUCAUAACGUAACGGCCUACGUUCGUGUCUCGGAUAUAUCCGAUUCCUAUAUCAAAGAAUGGCAAGACGAAUUCCAAGUUGAUCAAGUCGUUCAAGGAAGAGUAACCCUAGUGGAUGUUGAUUCCAAAAAGAUUCAGAUGAGUUUAAAGCGCUCGGUACUUCACCCGGAUUAUAAAGCUCCAAUGAGGCUUAAGGAUUUGAAAAAAGGACAAAUAGUCACUGGGAAGGUUCGAAAAGUUGAAGAAUUUGGCGCUUUCAUUACAAUUGACGGGUCGGCGAAUCUCAGUGGCCUCUGUCAUAGAAGUGAAAUGGCAGAACAUAAAGUUGCAGAUGCCCGUAAACUCUAUGAAGAAGGCGAUUUGGUGAAAGCCAAAGUUCUCAAUAUCGACCUGGAGAAGGACCGGAUGUCUCUCGGGUUAAAAGCGGCAUAUUUCAAAGAUGACGAUGAUGGUGAUUUGGAUAUGGCCGAGACCGACGAGGAGUCAAGCAGCGAUGAUGAAUUUGGUGGAGUAGCUCUUGAUAAUGCCAGUGAAGAUGGCCUCUCUGAUGAUGAUGCGGACAUCAUGUUGGACGGCGGACAUUUUUCUCAUGAAAUGGACAAUGCAGAUGAAGAUGAAUUAGAUGAACAUAAUGACGUAUCCAUGUCUGACAGAGAUGAUGCCAUGGAAGAAGGUGGUUUGGAUGUUGGUGCCUUCGACUGGACAGGGAAUGCCGAUCCGGUCCAGAACGACGAUGCCUUCCCAGAAUUCAACUCGGAUGAUGAGGGUUCAUUCAAGAAGAAAAAGCGCCGAAAACCCGAGAUUCAAAUCGAUAGAACCGGCGAUCUUGAUACAAAUGGACCCCAAACAGUGGCGGACUACGAACGACUACUUCUAGGCGAUCCUGAUUCAAGUUUGCUUUGGUUAAAAUAUAUGGCUUUCCAUCUUGAACUGGGAGAAGUUGACAGAGCUCGGGAAAUUUCUGAACGAGCUCUGAGGUCAAUCGGCAUCGGACAGGAUACAGAAAAAUUCAACGUCUGGGUUGCGAUGCUUAACUUAGAGAAUACCUUUGGUACCAAUGAUAGUCUUGACGAGGUUUUCAAGCGAGCGUGUCAGUAUAAUGAUGCACAGGAGAUACAUGAAAGAAUGGCAAGCAUUUUCAUCCAGUCUGGCAAACCGGAAGUAUGUACAAAACUCCCUGUUGAUAUUUCUUUUCUAAUACUAACCCUUCGCCAGAGAGCCGACGAGAUCUUCCAAUCAGCUCUCAAAAAGAAAUUCUCUCAGUCUCCGAAUCUAUUUUUGAACUACGCUAACUUCCUCUUCGAUACUAUGGCUGCGCCAGACAGGGGCAGAGCUCUAUUGCCCCGAGCCAUUCAAUCGCUUCCUGCGCACACACAUAUUGAAUUAACCUCCAAAUUUGGACAGUUGGAAUUCCGAUCACCAAACGGCGAUAUUGAACGUGGUAGAACUGUUUUCGAAGGACUGAUCUCUGCAUUCCCCAAGCGGGUUGAUAUAUGGAACAUCCUGCUUGACCUCGAAAUGAAAGUCGGCGACGCUGAACAAGUCAGAAGAAUAUUUGAGCGGGCUCUUGGGAUUGGUCACGGUAUCAAUAUCGAUGGCACCAAGUCUGACAAAAAACGACUAAAGGACAAACAGGCCAAGUUUUUCUUCAAGAAAUGGCUUGCCUUUGAAGAGAAGAUGUCAGGUGAAAACAGCAAAAUGGUUGAUGAGGUUAAGGCGAGAGCGGCAGACUAUGUCAAGUCGCUUAAGGGAGAAGCCUAG